AUGAAUCCACAUACGCGAUUGACGGAAAAGGAUUUUGUCAUGGCUAUGGUCAAUAAUGAAAACGAAUUGUUUUCUUAUUUUGAUUCUGCAUUCUUACGUAAUUGGGCGGGUCCUGAACAUUGGAAGUUAAAAAGAACUAAUAAAAAUAAAGGAACCAUAGAAAUUGAAGGAGAAACAAAGGAGAAGAAGAAAAAAGAGCCGGGUUUUAUUAAUUUUAUUGAAUCAGAGGAUGUGGAUGAGCGAAUCAUUUUUGCUUCUGGGAGAAAUACAAUAAAUGCGCCCAAGUUAGCCGAAGAAGUACCACAUGGUCACCUACUUCCCGACGAUAUGCAUUUUUCGUCAAAGCAAUUGCUUCAAUUAUUCUUAAAACCUGAAUUUAUGAAAUUAAUAAGCAUUAUUAUUUAUUCAGCAGCUUUACCAGACAUGACUAUCUACACUGCUGGAGAUUGUUUUUACGACGAUUAUGAUGAGGACGAAUUAGAGGGCGAAUUUGGUGAUAAUUUGGUAAUUCAGACAAAGAGAAAUAAACCCGAGUUUAUCAAAUACGCCAAGACAGCAAAAAGAAUCGACGUUAAGAAAUUGAAGGAAAAUAUGUGGAAAACGUUAGAUGAUAAUACGACAUUUUCGGGAGUUAUUGGUGAUCUAAAGAAAGUAUAUCCUCAAAGAAAGAUGAAAGAUAUUUCGGUACCGCUAUGUUUUGUUAGCUUAUUGCAUUUAGCAAGUGAGAAAGGUCUGGAAAUUACAAAUAAUGAUCAAUUAACAGAUUUACAUAUUGUUAAAUGA